AUGGUGAUUUUGUGUAGUUUGCAGACAUUCCACGACCUUCCCGUUGUGUCAUCCCAGUGUGUAUCAUCCACAUCUCACGUGGCCCAGGUUCCAUUUGAUUCGCCCGAGUACUAUCAUCAACGAAACCGCGGGGCGGGCCAAAGCUUUGAGGACUACCUGAAGAAGGGCCCGCCGGGUGCCUUCAACGGACAGCCCGACAGCCAGAAGCUGAAGAAGUUGGUGAAGCGCAAAUCGGUUUCAUGCGGACCUGCGAAUCCCGAUCAGACUCAGUGUGAUUGCAUGCCUGGCAACAGUGGACUGAACUGCCCAUCCUUUGACCCUUCCCUGCUGGUCGAGGGAUAUUUGGGUUCUCUCGGAGAUCUCAAUCACAGCCAUCCCUUCGUUCAGCAGCAGAUGUUGAAAUUCGUCACUGGCUUGGUAGAGGACUAUGCGGUUGACGCCUUUCGACUGGAUACUGUGGUCUAUGUGGAUCUUAAAUUCGUCAAGGAGGUCCAGCAAGUCGCUUGGAUCGCUGGGAAGAUCGAAGUGGCAGGUGCCUCCAAGUCGGGUUGUAUCAGAUUGUCAGAUUUCAUAAUGAUUGGGGACGUAGCAUGA